AAAAGUAGUUUUGCCAUUUUUCAAAAUGACCCAUAAAAACGUUGCUAUAUCUCUUAUGACAAAGAGUGUGCAUCUACAUAUUCGACUUGUUUUUUGUUCGUAAAAUUGGAGAAAUUGAGGACACAACUCCAAUUCCUAGCAUGCUUUCUCCCUAAGACUAUGCUGGUCCUAGUCGGGGAGUGGCAUUUACAUCCCAGAAAGACACACAUGUAUCACCUCGUGUUGGCACUUCCAUUGCAAUGCACAACUCUGACAUAUAUAGUGCCGACAUUUCCUUCCUUAAGCUUGAAAAAAGUACUGUGUCAGGAACGUGUUGAUGUAAAAUCUUUCAGUUUUGAUGGAUCUUAUUACAAGCUUUCAACUCUUCUUAGCACGACUUCUGACAGAACAAAGAACCAGAAUCAAUUGUUUGAUGAUAUUAACAACAUGUAUGAUGAUCUUCGUGAUGAUUCUAGUCAUCACAAUCUGGACAAGAAUGAUGACCAUCAAAAUAACAAACAUGUGAUCAUCCAUGAGAAUCCAUUUGUUCAAGAGUCACAUCUUCAAGAAUCUACUGUAGAAACUCAACAGGAACAAAAAUGAACAACGCCUCAACAUCAAGAGUAGUCAGGCAGUGAUAUUAGCAUAUAUGGCAGAGAUGCACAUUUGAUAUUAACUAUAAGUAAUAUAGCAGAAAAUAUGGAAGGUCAUACUCAAACAGAAAAGGGAUUGCUAGAAAUGAUUGAAAAUCUUCCGUUGGUAAGCCAACCACUUCCACUUUGUGAGAUGCUACCAUUAACUACUGUCAAAGGUCUUGCAUUAGUUUAAUUGGUAUGUGUGCCCUAAAGGGAUAAAAGCUCUUGGCAGUGAAAGAUUUUACAAAACCAUUCAUCAAUUUUAAUUUGAAAAUUCCAAAAUACCAGUACAUUGACAAUAUUUAGAAUCAAAGUUCUAAAUAAAGAACUAAAUAUGCUUUUAAAUUAAAAGAUACAUAGAACUGACUCUUGUUGACGUCUUUGAAUCUAUAAUCCACCGAAUUGGGGACACCACCCGUUGGAGACCUUCCUAUCUUCGAAGAUGAGAUUGGUUUGUGGAAAACAAUUGGAAUGAAAAAAAAAUUUAGAGAGAAACUAUGUAACACCCCCAAUAUCAAGGUAUUUCUCUCAAGCUAAAUUUUUAAAAUUUUAUUAAGAUUUUAAGGAAUUUGGUUGUGGUGUGGAUUUAGCAGGAAGUGAAGGGGGCUUUUAUGAAAAAAUAUACUAAUACUAAAGGUUAAAUAAUAAUAAUAGAAUUAAUGUUAUUAUUAAUUUAAAAUAUCAAUUCUUUAUUGAUUCACGUGCAACCCCAUCUCUUUCUCCUUCACUCUUCCUCUUCCCCGUGCCCACCGCCGCCUGCCUCCCUUAGCCAUUUUAUAUUACUCUUGGACGUCAGCCGGCCACGCCGUCACCGAUCCCUUCGUCUCCGUUGAAGCCGAAGCACCGUUCGUCGUGAGUUCGAACUCUCGGCAUCGCGUCUCACCUCUGUUUUCCAGCCAAGCUGUGAUUCAUUCGCGCGUAGCUCCUUCGACGUUCGCGCCACCACAUUCUGCUCCAGGUGACGAGGAGCGUCACCGAUUGACCUAUCAUCUCACCGGCGUUGUUACUUAGUUGAAGCAGCCGUCGACCAGACCUGAGCCCGUCACGUCUGUUGAAGUGUCGUCGCGCGGCUCUUCACCUUCCAGCCAUGGGUUGUAAGCUGAAGUUUGUUUUUCGUUUGUUGAUUAGAUCUGAUCUAUUACACGCGUCGAUUCCAGUUAUUCGAAGUUGUUGCCCCCAUUUUACUCUAAUUUUUGGGAUUUUUGUGUAAGUUGUAUUGGUGAGUGUGGUGGUUUUACAUUGUAAUUAUCCUUGGGUUGUAGUUUUGGAUAAUUAGUUAAAUUGUUAAUUGAUUCUUGAAGUUAGCGUUUGAGUUCUUUGGAUUCACAACUAAAUUGUAGAUUUGUUGGA